CCUCAACUUCCCCACGCUUAAAAGAUCAGUCGUGUUUCUCCAACUUGGACAGCUUUUACAGGUACCAGCUCCGUAUCUACAUCGAUAUCAGACAGUAUAACUCUUGUUUAAAGAAGUCGUAUAUUUACUGCUCGCUAUCUAUUGGCCUCAUCUGAAAAUUUGCCCGAACGCCACGCACUACUUCAAUCAUGGCCAAACAACAGAAAGAUAAUGAGAUCAUCGAGUUCGCCAAGGGCCUCAAGGGUACCCCUUGGUGCGAAGAGUAUGAGAAGAUGAUCUCUGGUAUGCUCUACAACCCCCUGCAUCCAAAGCUGUUGGAGGGCCGCCACAGAGCUCGCGGUCUGUCGUACAAGUACAACAACCUUGACCCCAACACUGGCAAUCAUGAAGAGAUCGGGGACAAGCGGGCUGAGAUGCUUUCGGAGAUGCUCGGAAAGGUCGGCAAAGGGACAUUCAUUGAGACACCCUUCAUGCCUGACUACGGAAGCAAUGUCUCCAUCGGCGAGAACUGCUUUAUGAACUUUGGGUAAGUCGAGAACUCCGAGGUACUUAAUUAAUGAGCGGAAC